GUCGGAGAGAAUCUUUUCCGGAAAUGGGGCAGGCGUUGCCAAUUCCGUUCCCUGAGGAAUGUUCCUGGACAGCUGCUGAUGUGGCAGUGUGAGCCAUGGCACUGGUGCCGACUCAGGCUUCCGGGCCUCUCUCCUCCCUGGGAGCCUUUAGCUGGAUCCCCCCCCAGAGCUGCGUUGGUGCCGUCCGCCGGUCACGUGGGCGGGAAGAUGGCGGCUCCCAGUGCGCACUGCGAGCGUCGCUCCUGGUGAAGCGGCCCUGGCGGCGGUAGCGGCGCCUGCUGGGACUGGCCGGCCUGAGAAGUCCUGAGUCCCGGGAGCUCGGUGGGGCGUCCCGGCGGCCGGCAGCACGGUUCUUACACCCGAGACCCUCCAUUUUGCUCGAGCAGGGCUGUGUCCCAUCUACGGGCAGGAGGAGGUGGGCACCAUGGUGACGGAGCAGGAGGUGGAGGCCAUAGGGCGGACGCUGGUGGACCCCAAGCAGCCCCUGCAGACCCGCUUCCGGGCGCUGUUCACGCUGCGUGGGCUCGGUGGCCCGGGCGCCAUCUCCUGGAUCAGCCAGGCCUUCAGUGACGAUUCCGCCCUGCUCAAGCACGAGCUGGCGUACUGCCUGGGCCAGAUGCAGGAUGCCCGCGCCAUCCCCGUGCUGGUGGACGUGCUGCGUGACACCCGCCAGGAGCCCAUGGUGCGCCACGAGGCAGGUGAGUGGCCCUGGAGCCAUCGGGACCCUGAAGUCCUGGAGCUGCUGAAGGAAUAUUCCACGGACCCUGUUGUUGAGCCCCGGAGGUGGCCGAGACCUGCCACUGGCGGUCAGCGGCUGGAGUGGCUGCAGCAGCACGCGGGGAGCGGUGACCGGCUACCUCCGUGGACCAGCCCGCCGGCGAGGACGCGACGUGGGGCGCUGCGCGCCGUGCUGCUGACGAGUCCAGCGCUGUUCGAGGCUAGCGCGCCAUGUUCGCGCUGCGGGACGCUCGGCGGCCAGGAGGCGGCGCUGGCGCUGGCUGCAGGCCUGCGCUGUGGCAGCGCGCUCUUCCGCCACGUGGGCUACGUCCUGGGCCAGCUGCAGCACGAGGCGGCGGUGCCCCACCUGGCCGCCGCCCUGGCCCGCCCCGCCGAGAGCCCAUGUGCGGCAGAGUGCGCCGAGGCCCUGGGCGCAUCGCGCGGCCCGCCUGCCUGGCGUGCUGCGGCCCACGCGGCGACCGAGCCGCGUGUGCGCGAGAGCUGCGAGUGGCCCUGA